AUGAAGCGCAACACAUGUCUGUGGGUGGUUCUCACCACUUACCUGGUCCAACAAUGCUCCUGUCAGCCACAACUGAAGUCAUCCAACGUACAGGAAGACCCAUGCAAAGCCAAAAAUAAGGUGGUACCGGACGCGGCUUACUGCGACCGUUAUUGGGAAUGCGUGGAUGGUCAGCCUGAGCUGUACGACUGUCCGAAUGGUCUGGUUUACGCAGGCAAGCAGAGGGGUGUCACCGAGGGAUGCGACUACCCGUGGAGGGCGGACUACUGCGAGGGCAAAACUCAAGCCAACGGUCCAAUAGCCAGGGAACACUGCGAUUGGCUGUACGGCAUAUUCGGUCACGAGACGUCGUGCACGCGGUACUGGACUUGCUGGAACAGCACGGCCACCGAACAGCUGUGCAUCGGCGGGCUGCUGUACAACGAAAAAACUCACUCCUGCGACUGGCCCGAGAACGUCGAGGGAUGCCAGAAACACCCUCUCUGCAACGAAGACGCCAACGGAAACGUGCCACUGGGAAAGUCAUGCAACAGGUACUGGCAAUGCCAGGGAGGUUACCCGAGGCUGCAGAGGUGUCCAGCCAUGUUGGUGUUCGACAGGCGCACUCUGAGGUGCGUUGUGCCGCCCACCGAGGACUGCGAGGUGCCGACUACACCUGCCCCGUCGCCAGACGAUUUGCCGUCCAACGAAGAUGACGGUGAAGAGAACGUUCCACAACAAGCCAAGGCAACAGCCACCCCGGCGCCACAGCGCCAGCAACAGCGAAAUCAGCAACAACAGCAACCGCAACAACAGCAACCGCAGCUUCAUCAGAGGCAAGGUGGUCCGGCGCCGCAGAGACAACAGUUCCAGCAGCAGCAGCAGCAACAACAACCACAACAACAGCAGCAACAGUUGCCUGCCGCCACACAACAACAGCAACAGCAGGUACCCCAACAACAGUUCCAACAACAACCACGGGCUCAAUUCCAGCAACCCGCGGCCAGGGCUGUUCAACAACCGCAACAACAACAGCAGCAGCAGCAGCAGCAGCAGCAGCAGCAGCAGCAACAGCAGCAACAGUUUGUUCCACAACAGCGGGCACAACCACAACAGUUCCAACUGCCGCCGUUGUCGGAACAGCAACAGCAACAGCACGCCGUGCAGAGGAGAGAAAACGGUGCAGUGGUAUCGUACGGCGGCGCCGAAGACGACAACGGUGACGACGACGUCGACGUACCGGUCGCGUUUUCCGAACACUAA